AUGGCUCCGCGUCCAGCGACACCAGGUCAACAGCACCAGAAACUCAGAAUUGGCGGUUUCCACGAGGCUCUAUUCAUUGGUGUCGUUGUCAUGGCCCAAUUCAUGUGUCUUGCAGGUCUGGGUCAAGCAAUCGCGCCAGUCAAGAUUAUAGCCUCUGGUCUAGGUGUCAAGAACCCUGGUCAGGAAGCGUGGUUCUCGGCCGCGUACAGUCUCACCACUGGUACCUUUAUCCUCAUUGCCGGCCGAUUAGGUGACAUUCUCGGUCACAAACGCGUGUUUGUGUUCGGGUACCUGUUUCUAGGAAUCUGGUCCGGAUUUGCCGGGUUCAGUGCUUACGUCGGUAGGCAGAUCUUCUUUGACGUUUGCAGAGGUAUGCAAGGCAUUGGCAGUGCGCUACUGGCUCCCAAUGCUCUUGCAUUGCUUGGCCGUGCGUAUCCUCCAGGCAUUAAAAAAAAUCUUACCUUUGCACUCUUUGGCGCCAUGGCACCAUGGGGAUUUGUAAUCGGUGCACUCUUCGGAGCUCUCUUUUCGCAGACCACGUGGUGGCCCUGGACUUUCUGGAGCUAUGGUGUCGCAGCAUUUGCCCUGUCAGCAUUCUCAUUGCUCGUCGUGCCUAAACAAUUAGCCAAGGAGGCCCAAUUCGCUGGUGUCACCGACGUACCUGGGUUCGACUGGACGGGUUGUGCGCUGGGGGUCAUUGGCCUGGUACUUGUCAACAUCGCCUUCAACAAUGGACCCCUGUACGGAUGGUCUACGCCUCACGUGUACUUUGUUCUUAUCAUCGGACUACUUGUACUGGUAGCAUUCCUGUGGGUCGAACGUCGGGCUGAGUCGCCGCUCUUACCUGUUUCUGCCUUCAACGGAACAGUCACUUACACCAUGGCCUUGAUCGGCAUCGGUUGGGGCAGCUUUGGUGUUUGGAUUUACUACUCAUGGCGUUUCCUUGAAGAGUUCCGCCAUCUGACACCACUCAAUGUCUCUGCACAAUUCACUCCCGCCCUGAUCUGUGGGCUCAUCGCCGCAGGUGCCACGGGCUUCAUGCUUACGCACACUCCUGUGUCCUUCACGAUGUUGAUCGCUAUGCUGGCCUUCUGCGCCGGACAAGCAAUCUCGGCCUUCAUGCCUGUCCAUCAAUCCUACUGGCCGCAGAUGUUUGUUUCCAUCCUUAUCAUGCCCUUCGGUAUGGACAUGUCUUUCCCUGCCGCUACUGUUAUCCUCUCCAACCACAUGCCUCGCGAGCAUCAAGGUCUCGCUGCAUCGUUGGUCAACACGAUGGUCAACUACUCAAUUUCGUUGGCCUUGGGUAUUGCUGGAACAGUAGAGGUAUCGGUCAUGACUCAUGACGGUACGCUCGCAGACACGAUAUGGGGUGUACGAUGCGCCUUCUACACUGGCCUUGCUCUCGCCGGUUGUGGUGUUUUGCUUGGUAUGUCGUACUUUAUCAAAUCGAUGAUUAAGGAAGGUUGGAAAGUGGCGCAGCAUUAA